AUGAAGGGAGAGCUUGAGAGUUCAGUGAUGGGAAGUGAUACAACUUUGUUGAUUUCCCUUUCAUUAAUUGCUAUGGAUAUGAACUUUCCUCUUUCUAAUUUCACCUUAUCAAUCAUUUUCAUAAUUGUUUUUUCCCUUCUCUUAAGACAUUACAAAAAUGUCCACAAACACAUAACCAAAAAGAAACUUCCACCAGGUGAAAUGGGGUUACCAUGGAUUGGUGAAACCAUAGAAUUUUACAAAGCUCAAAAAAAGAACAAAUUAUUCGAAGAAUUCGUUCAACCCCGAAUCGAAAAAUAUGGAAAAACCUUCAAAACAAAACUCAUGGGAGCACCAACAGUAGUUGUAUGUGGAGCAGAGGCCAAUAUGUUCUUCAUGUCCAAUGAAUUCAAAUUGGUAAUAAGUUCUUGGCCUACUUCUUCAGUUGAGCUCAUGGGAAAAAAUUCAAUUAUGGAGAAAAAAGGCGAUAUACAUCGAUUUCUUCGUGGGAUUAUUUCAUCAAGUCUUACAUAUAUUAGCCUAGAUGCAAUGGUACCCAAAAUUUGUUACACAAUUCAAUCCCACUUGGAAAAAAAUUGUCAUGGCCAAGAAGACCGGACGAUUAAACUUUAUCACCUUACCAAAUCCUUGACGUUCAAGAUUGUAUUCGAGUGCUUUUUAGGGAUCGUAGUCAAGCCAGGAUUACUUGAAACGUUCGAGAGAGUCUUGGAAGGGGCAUUUUCGCCCCCAUUUAAGUUUCCAGGAUCUAAGUUCUCGAGGGCUAUAAGUGCAAGGAUGGAAGUACAGAAAUUUCUUGUUGAAGUUACAAGGGAGAAAAAAAGAGAGAUAGAAUUUGGACACGAUCAGGAAGAAGAAGGGAAAUCAGACGAGGCGUUGCUUUCGCGAUUAGUGAAAGCAAUGAUUCGUGGUGAAGUUAGUGAAGACGAAGUUGUUGAUAAUGUUGUUUUGCUAGUGUUUGCUGCACAUGAUACCACCUCUUUUGCUAUUGCUAUGACAUUUAGGAUGUUGGCUCAUCAUCCCUCUUGCUAUUCUCUUCUCUUUCAAGAACAUGCUAAUAUAACGAGUAAUAAAAGACCAGGGCAGAUACUAUCUUUGGAAGACACAAAAAAGAUGAAAUACACAUGGCAAGUUGCUCGAGAAAGCAUGAGGCUAUUUCCUCCUAUCUUUGGUUCAUUCAGAAAAGCAAUUGCUGACAUUGAAUUUGAUGGAUUCACUAUUCCAAAAGGUUGGAAGGUAUUGUGGACAACAUAUGGCACACAUAAUAGUCCAGAGUAUUUUAAAGAGCCCCAAAAUUUUGAUCCAAGUAGAUUUGAAGAGCCUGUUCAACCAUAUGCAUUUAUACCAUUUGGAGGAGGACCAAGACUCUGUGCUGGGUACCAAUUGGCAAAGCUAAACAUUCUUAUAUUUGUUCAUUAUAUUGUGACAAGAUACAACUGGUCCUUAAUAAAUCCUGAUGAACCAAUUGUCAUGGAUCCCCUCCCUUUCCCUUCCCAAGGAAUGCCCAUUAAAAUUUCUCCCAAGUUUUAA